AUGGAUUUAGUUCAUGGCAGAAACCAAACAGACUUACAGCACGGAUUAUGGCUCAAUAUCCAUCAGAGUGAAAGUAAAUACGAAACCGGGAGGGUAGACUUUUACAUAAAUCUUACAAACCCUUUAAAUGCAUACUCAUUCGGACCAAUACGGAAUAAUCGAAGUUUUGAAAAUGGAUGUGGUUCAUGGCAGAAACUAUCUGAUGAGAAUGGUUAUAAAUCCGAUACCGGGUUGGAAGCAAUUUACCACAAAAAUGUAUACAACCACACCGACUUUAUCAAGAUUGAGAAUGUCAUGAGCAAUGUGAAAUCUGGACAAUAUAAGUCAGAAAACAAUGAAGAAAAUGACGUGAACCACUCGUUCGACUUAACUACUUAUCCAGAGACAAUGCUUGUUAGUAUGUUCGGUCCAACCAAUGCUGCAAUGCUUAAGCCCACACAUCCUGAUGGUAACGAAUAUUUUAUUGAUAUGCCUUUUUAUUAUAUCAUGGAAUUCUAUCAUAAUGACGAUGUCUUUUGA